AUGGAGAGAGUAAUACAGGAAGCCAUGCGCUCCAAACUUCCAAAGGCGUUGAGUUUCGUUAGCAAUGAUUCAAAAGAAACCGACGAAGAUAUCCGUUACAACUACGACCUUGGAUGGGCAAACAGUAAAACCUUUACAAAGCAACUUGCUAAGGACAAUAUAGAUGUCGACAUACUCAACGAUGAGCUCAUACGACAUGCGGAAAGGCGACGCAGUAGAAGUUGCCGCCAGAAACUGCUGUCAACAUUCAGAAGCAGUGCCGCACAAUUCUUACUCUGCUUCCUUGUUCUUUUGGAUUCCUGUUUGGUUAUCGCCGAAAUCAUCCUGGAAAUACGCUCAAUACAAACCUGUGACCUCGACCUCCUGAGUAAAUGCUUCGUAGUUAGAAAGACUUCCUUGACGGAAGAAGAAUUCAACGAAAGGCUCACAGAUCCCUCCACCCUGCAUUUUGCCUCGGAAGUCAUGCAUUUUAUCAGCAUUGGAGUGACCAGCCUUUUCAUCAUUUGCAUAGUGCUCAAGCUUGUGUGUCUACGACGGAAAUUCUUCACAAAUGUUUACGAAAAGCAAAUUUUGGCACUUGAAGAACUCUCAAGAUCUCUUGGUUCACCGGAGGAAAACAUACGUGAUUGCAAACCUCGCUACGUUCGUCACUCCAAAGAGCAGACGCAGAAUGCUCUAAAGUCUAUUGCUGCUCUGACGACUGGAUUCAUGGGCGGCAUGAUCGGUGCCCCCAUAUCGCGUCAGGAGGCGUUGGCUCGCUUUACUGGGAACAACAUAGCUGGGAGCCCUUCACAACAUAAUCCCCAACUUUUCAAGCGCUUUGAAACGUUUGCCAUCUAG